GUCUUACAUCAAACUAUAAUGCUAAAUGAAAAAUUUGAAACUUUACAGAAUUAUAUUGGGCAUGGUCUAGCUCACUAGUCUAUCUAAAAUAAGUAUGGCUCUUUUAUAUGUUGUUCGCUCGUGAGACGACAAUUCUUGCCAAAUGCGCAAGUUGUGCUGGCAAUUUUGACGAAGUCACGGACCAGAUACUGAAAAAGAUUCCAGACAAGGAUACAAAAAUGACAUAUUCGCAAGGAAAUUAUUUAUUUCAUUAUGUAAGAGAAAAUGGAAUUGUAUAUUACGCCAUAACAGAAGAUGAAUUUGAGCGCUCGAAGGCGUUCCAAUUUUUGGGAGAAAUAAAAAGAAAGUUUCAGAGAAACUAUGGAGAUCUUGCUUUGACAGCUUUACCAUAUGCGAUGGAUAAUGAAUUUUCUCGAGAACUGUGGUCUCAUAUGCAAAAGUAUUCCAAACCUGUCGUGGAAUCCCCCGAGAUUUCAAAAGUAAAACAAGUCAACGAUCAGCUUGAUGAAUUAAAGGGUAUAAUGGUGAAAAAUAUUGAUAGCAUAACAGAACGCGGAGAAAAUCUCAAUCUACUUGUGGAUAAAACAGAAGAUCUUAGCCAAUCAUCUGUCACUUUCAAAAAACAAAGCACUAACCUAGCUAGGAAGCUAUUUUGGAAAAAUGUUAAAAUAACAAUCGUCCUGAUUGUUGUUGCAAUAAUAGUCAUAUAUUUUUUGGUUUCUGCGGGUUGUGGAGGACUAAGUUGGCCAAAGUGCGUGGGGAAAUCUAAUAAUGGUUCAAGAAUUGAUUGAAUUUAUUAUUUGAUGAUUCGUGUAGUGAGUUUGUCAUAUAGUUUGCCAAAGUUUGGUAUUAGUGAUUUGGGUUAUUUUUUUCAUGCAUUUUGAAGUCAAAUUUUUGUUAUUUGAUAAUGGUUCUAGUUUUGUGUUGUGCAUUAAGCUGAAAAUAGUGGUUAUAAACUGAACCUAUGAAUUGGUGAAUUCUCUAAGUUUGUUCAAUACCUCUGCUAGAGCGGACUUUUUCAUUUAUAGUUUUUGAGUGAUACAAAAGUGCCGUCAAACUAUUAAAAGGCAGAUUUGGAGUAUGAGUUUUACUUAACAAAUACGGUUAUUCUUCAAUGAUUUUCACCAAUGAGUCAUUUCCUGACUUCGUUAAUGUACAAGCAUAUAUUGGGAAACACUUGUCAAUUUGGUUCUGUUAAAUACUGGAUAUUCGUUAGUCGUACAUGUUAUUUUUUUUGAUGAGUUUCAUUCACUUGCCUUGAGUAGCUCUUAUUGUAUUAUAUUUUUUCAUCAACCUGAAUUGUCAUUAUGGUUUCAUGUUGGACGAAUAAAUAAAUCAUGCUAGAAACUAUGGCUGAUUAGUUAUUCCCCAUUUACCAUACCUAGUCUAAUAUUUACUGUUAAUUCAUUGCAUUGGUCUGUUCAAUCUGUUUCAAUGUAUUUGAAGAACCCUUGCACGCAACUAUAUCUUCACAAAAAUUGAUAUUGUGUUUCAUGUGUAAAGUAAGUGGUGCAACGAUAAUAAGACUCUUGGCACAAUGCAUGACAGAAAGUUUAUUUUAAAAGUUCAGGAAAUGAUAAUCCUUCAUAUUUUUGAUAAGUUUGUUUUGUUGUAUUUUAGGGUAUGAUAGUUUUUAGUUGUGUCCUUUUGUUAUGUCUCAUUUUCACUCCAUUAGCUGUAUAUUUUUCUGUCCAGUGGUCAUAUGAUAAAUAAAUAUAACUUGACAACCCUUUUUAAAUCGAAUUUCCACGAAUGGACAUAUUCUACUAACAUGAAUGACUAUUCAAAACUGUGUAAAAUUACAUAUAUCCCCAAUUUUGAUGAUUCUGGGAUUUCGGAAAUAUAUUCAUUUGUGAAUUUCAUAUACUCUAAAUUGUUUGGACUCCUCUGAAUUGCUCUCAUGCGCUUGAAACAUAGCAUUGUUUAUCUCACUUGACUGUUUUAUAAAUGAAUAUGUCUUCAGUUAUGCCAGGGGGGCCAACCUGUCUUUGACUGAGAUUGACUUAAUUUUUCACAAUAUCUUGCGAUUGACUGAUGGAAAUAAAGUCACACACAAAAAUGAAAGUACUAAAUUUAGAACUGAACAUCAAUAAGGAUGUUCCGCUUCAAAUCCCUGAACACCAGACACUAGAGCUGCUUGUGGAUAUAGCCAUCCUAAUUAUCCCCUGCUUAGACUGGAACCCUGUUCACCCCCAGAUUCUUAAAAAAGCCCGUGCGGGAUUGCUCUGGUAUGGUGGGCUCAGUUUUGACAGAUACCACACAAGAACCUGCUGCUUAAUAAGAAUGUUCAUGUUUAAAUGAGUGAUGCUUGGAUAUUGGUUAAACACAUAUUCCUUGCAGGUAUGUUGGUAAGCAGCAAUCGACAACUCAAGACGUGGCGAUUGUCGUGUUGGUCACCCCUGAGUUAUGCCAUAGAAGUUUUUUGAAAGCUGUGCGACUGUGCUAAAAUUCUUCUUUUUAAAUCUAUAAGUUCAAUUAUUAUGACAAGUGUUAUGACAAAGUUUUCGUAAUACUCUUUAUUUGUGCCUUAGUUAUCUUGGGUUUUAUUAGAUAUGGUAUAAAUGUAUAUGAUUUGCACCAAAAUUCAUACGAGUGCUUAUUUGAAUGAGACAGGUAAUCUAAAUGCUCAAAAAAAGUUUACUGAGAGGCAUCAGACUCUGAUAUAAAUUAGAUUUUAUUUUGUUGAAGUUGUUAAAAUUUUUAAAUUCUCAAAUCGCAAGUUCAAUCUUUUUUCGUUAACUGUUCACUGCAAAUUAAUCAUCUUUCUUUAGUGUCAUGAACAAUCAGUGUUGACUUCAAUUCGUUAAAAAUUCAUGAUAUACAAGGAAUUUUUUUUUGUGGAAAUUCUCUGCUGUAAAUUAAAACUAAAUUCUUCAAGGCUGCUUAUUUAAUACAGGGAUGUAUAAAUUCCAAAAUCUGUUGCCCAUUUUCAAUAUCUCAAAUCGAGGGGUAUUUUUUAUCAGUACUAUAAUAUAGAAAUAAUGAAGUUACAUUGUGUACUAUCAUUGCAAAUAUCAUAAACAUACUUAUAUAUAAUGUUGCUUUUUUAUAUAG